GGCGUGUCGAUGUCACAUACGGAAUGAUAACAGUGUCUAAAUAACGAUGCAUUCUUUGCAAAAUGGAUGUCGUGCUGAGUGUGAACUGCAGUAAUUAUAGCGAUAAUCCUCUGAUGUGUAUUGGCUAGUGGAAGUGUAACACUCGCUUUCAGUGUGUGAAUUAAAAUAUACAGGACCAAAGAAAAACACCCUAGCGAUUAAUAUCAGAGAGUUAGGCAUUCCAGUUUGAACAGCUGACUGCGACAGAUUCAACGUGUGAGGGAGUCAUCGUUUAUAUUGCACAAUGUCAGCUGCUUUAGUUCGAAAGGGUUUAGAGCUAUUUAAAGAUGACAUCAAACCAGAAUGUAGCAAUGAAUCUGAAAGGAGGAAGAAAAAAAGAAGUGGAUCAAAGAAAAUGGAAUUGCCAAGUACUAACAAAAAAGGAGUAAAGAAACAACGAAUGAAAUUGCUUGGAACUGAAAGCAAAAAACCCAUGUCAACAGUUAAAGACAAGAAGAUUAAGUCGGCCAUUGAGUCAUAUCUCAGUAGGGGUACAGAAGAUAAUUCAGAGACAAAUUUACAGUACAUGUUGGAAAACAGAACAAAGUUACGCAAGGAGGAAACAUACAUGACAAUUUUAACUCACCAUAGGGGCAGACUUUCAAAAGACCGAGUUGUUGCCGAGACGGAGGAGGAAGACACAACCAUAUUUGAUGAAUCUGAUUUUGAGAAAUUUGAAAAAGAAUACAAAACACUGAAGCAUGCUUGGCGUAGGUGAUAUACUCACCUGUAUAUUAAGAAUAUACAAAUUGAUAUAUUAAAAUAAUGACUGUGCUAAUGGCGGGCGGUUCCAGAAAUUCGAUCAGGGAGGGUGGCUCCUAUUUACUUGGCCGAAGUAGACCUUCGGUGGGCUGGGUUUGUUGAUUUUCUUUUCCAUUAUUGAUGCAGUACAUUCAUAUGUAAUGUUGUCGGAUGUCAAUGUUUGUCAAUGAGAAAAAUAUUCCUUGAUAUUUGAUGUAAUCAUCUAAAUAGCGGGUAAAUUAAGACCACUGAAUGGAGGUUUACCAUGGUAUUGUGUGACAGAUUAUUCUCAAUUUUCUUGUUGUGUACAUUUAACAAUACAAGGUAAAGCAAAAUCUGUGUCAUGUUGAUGGAAAUGUAAUAGAAUUCUACCCUACAUACUUAGUACCAGGUAAUUGGGACAUCUAUGUACAGUUCCGUAUUGUAUAAAUAAAACAUUUUUUUUUAAA